UUUUAGCUCAGGGGCCGCAUGGAGAAAAAUCUAUUCCCACGAGGGCCGCACGGGUAAAAUCAUGGCAUAAUAACUUAAAAAUACAACUACGACAACUUUAGAUGGAUUUUGGCCCAAAAUAGAACAAGCACAUUCUGAAAAUAUAUACAUCACAAAUUAUCCUCUUAAUAAAACACUUCAAGGUAGUUGAAAACUCUUCUAUGGAUCAAUGACCUCAUUUGUCAUUUCCACAUAUUAAUCCUGUACUAACUCAACAAAUUAUACAAACUGAGGAAGAAACUAUUCAAGAGGGUUGAGUUACUCCCUGCCUUCGAGGCAUCACUGAUAGAAAAAUAGAAAAAUAUGAUUUGAUAAAUUUGAUAGAAAAAUAAAAGCUGUGCAAUGUGUGAACAACUUUAACAAACCAAAAAUAAAAACUUAAAAGACUGACAGUAUUGCAGUAUAUCAAACACUGUUCACUUUCUUUACAUUUUUGUACAGAAGACACACAUUUUCACAGAACUAUAUCAAUGUGCAGUGUCUCAUGCAGCAUCUUAAGAGGGGUUACCAAUUGUUUAUUUUACUCCUGUUUGUUUUACAUUGUGUCGAGGGGGAGGAGUCACAGUCCCGCUUUACCGUGUACCUCCUGCUUGGUAUACUUGCUCACCCCGGUAUAAACUAUUUGCUUACCUAUAAGAAUUACUAUUGCGACAUCCAGUGGACACAUUUAGAACAGCAGUUUCUUUCAUUUAAAAAUGCAACUUAAUUUUACACCGAUGUCACCGCGUGUUUGACAUCCCUGAUCCAGAUGUUAGUCAUAAACCUAAUGAAGGUUUUUACAAGUGUUUUAAUAAGCUGGUUUCAACCAAAUCCAUGCAAUAAUUAAUUUUUUAGUGCAUGUAUGGGGCGACAACGCUGGAUUUAGGGUGGGAUGGGGGCAGAAUUUGGUGCCGGGCCCCUGCAUCUCUCUCUAAUCUCAUGAAAUUAAAGGCAAAUCUUUAAAGUCAUCCUGUUGCAGUGACUAAAAAUUUCAGCGUGUUAGCACCACCUGCUGCAUGCUGACCAGGACUGCCCACAGAUACGGCGCGGGUCGUAACUUGUUUGCUGGUCCAGAACAAACAAUCUACUUAGUUCAGCGCUCACGUGACCAACUAAUGAUUGACUGAUGACGUCAUCACAAACAACAUCUGAAUUCUGGAACAAGGACCACGACAAAGUCAGGAUGAGACCGUCUCCUCUUCUUCUUCUUCUUUUCUUGACUUCACAGACGCAGGAGGCCCUAAGAAUUGUGCAGUCGGUGAAUGCGGACCACUUGACGCCGCAAGAUGACUUCAUGGGUCCUGAGGCGUGUCUCCACAGGAAGCCGACGCGUGCGUCAUGUGACCUGGUGUUCUGUCCUCCCUGGGAGCGCUGUAUUGAAGGUCGUUGCUCCUGCAAGCCGCCGUAUUUGUGUCCUGUGGAGGACAUGACUCCUGUGUGUGGGCGGGACAGUCGCCUCUACCGCUCCUACUGCCAGGUGAUGGCGCUGGCGUGUCGCAACAAGAAGACCGCCAUGUCCCACUUUGGAGACGCGUGCUCAGAAGAGCAAGCCAAGUUCACCAGCUCCUUGGACCCUCAGACUGGCAUGGUCUCGCUCUUCGUCCCCGAGCCGGCGAGUCCCAGCGGUGGGCGUCGCCUACUUGUGUGUUUGAAGCUGUGGGACACGGCUAGCGCUAAUGUAGCCUGCAAGGAACAUGGCCACGUGCUCGGCGCCGCGUCUGCCGGAUGGCUCGAUUACCCAACUUUGAACCAAGAAGGCGUAGAUGCGGCGUUUCCCACCAGCUGCGUCAGCGUCCGCUGUCAAGGCUUCGAGUCUUCGCUGGCCGAAUGCGUCAUCCACGACAGCGUCCGCAUCACGGACAAGGUUGCCACGGUGACGUGCUACAACGAGUCCAGCGCCCCCGCAGGAGACAAGUGCGGCUUCAAGUGUGCUAACGGGAAAUGCGUGUCCACCGAGCACACCUGCGACGGCGUGGACGACUGUGGCGACCGCAGCGACGAGAUGUGCUGCAAACGUUGCAGGAGCGGCGCCUUCCGCUGUAAGACGGGCGUGUGCGUGCACGCUGACGCCUUAGCUGAUGGACAGGUGGACUGUUUGGACGGCGAAGAUGAGGCCGUGACGUCCAAAGCAGUGAGCGCAGGGCCUACCAACACAGAAUACGUCUCUCCCAGGACAGAAACCAGCGCCAGCCGUGCACAUCUGGAGUCCAAGCUGCAAUGCGGCGUCCCCAACGUCACCGCUGCGGAAGACGACAGCGUGAGGGAUCGUGUGAGCGGCGGCCGAUACAAGCGAGUGGUCGGGGGGAUUCCGGCUAAUCGGACCCAAAUCCAGUGGCAGGUGGGCCUGGAGCAGAACGGCAAGAUGGACUGCGGUGGCACGUACAUCGGAGGCUGCUGGAUCAUCACUGCGGCUCACUGCGUCAAGCCCAACCCCUCAAUGUUCCGCGUGAAGUUCUCCAUCUGGAAGAAGUUGACGCCUCAGGACACGACGGAUAUCGUUCCCGUGGGCGACGUCAUCAUCCACCCAAAGUACAAAGCCGGCACGUACGAGAACGACAUCGCGCUGCUGCGUCUCAAGGACCUCCCGCAGGAGAAGGGCAAGUGUGUGGAGGAUAACCCUGCUGUGAGACCCGCCUGUCUCCCCUGGUCCACUCAGCUCUUCAAGCCCAAUCACACCUGUAGCAUCUCUGGUUGGGGGCGCAUGGCAGAGGGAAAAUCCUCCGAGGUCCUCAGGUGGGCCAACGUGUCCCUCAUUGACGACUGUCAGAGGUUCUACCAGGAUCGCUUUCGACCCGGCAUGAUGUGUGCAGGUGACCUGGACGGCAACGUGGACUCGUGCCAAGGGGACAGCGGCGGUCCUCUGAUGUGCGAAGACCACCUGGGCGUGUCCUACUUGUGGGGUGUGGUCAGCUGGGGCGAGCGAUGCGGUCAGCCUGGCUUCCCAGGAGUUUACACUCAGGUGGCGCAAUACUUUGAGUGGAUACGCCUUCACACGGGCUGGCCUGCCGUCACUAAGUUCAACUCCUAACCACACAUUGCUGUACCCUGUACUGUGAUUCUUCUUUUUCUUCAAAGUAAACAAUAAACAUGGAUGAAAAACUUC